AUGUACGCACAUCUUCAUUUGUAUGUAUUUAUUCAGUGCUUCGUAACAUCGUCGGUAUGCUGCAGCGUCAUCAGCUCUUGCGGCUGCGGCAUGGGGUUCCCAGCAGUGCUCCUGCCGCAGCUGCAGGGCCCAGGGUCUAGCAUCCCAAUCACUCAAGACCAGGCCUCAUGGAUAGGUAAGCGCAGAUAUACACGUUGUGAAUUUAGAGACUUCUUUUAUUCGACAAUACAUCUGUUCCUGUAUUUGUUGUUUUUGCUGACAGGGUCUGUAGAAAUGUUGCCGAUGUUUUUGGGCAACUUCGUCGUGCCGGCGGCGAUGGCGCGCGCGGGACGGCGCGCGGCUCACCUCGCCGUCAUCAUAGUCACACUGAUCAGCUGGGCUAUAUUCAUCCUUGCUACUAGUUAUGAGGCGAUGUUGGUUGCAAGGAUCCUCCAAGGUGCCGUAAGCGGCAUGAUGAUGCCUCUCCGCUCUGUACUGGUCAGCGAGUGCUCCAGCCCGCUCUACCGCGGCGCGUUCCUCACAACUGUCUCGCUCGCACAAAUCAUGGGCAUCAUGCUAGUCCACCUCAUCGGCACAUUACUCAGCUACCAAAUGACUGCACUCGUCUCUAUGUCCUUCUCCAUCAUAGCUUUAAUCAUGACGGUAUGCUCUCCCGAGACGCCCAGCUGGCUCGCGACGAGAGGUCGACACGACGAGUGCAGGAAAAAUUUCAUGUGGUUACGAAGCCAGGAAGAAUUACAAGAGUUAGAAAAUAUGAUACUCGCCACUAAACUGCACGAAUCCAAUGAAAAUCACCAGCUUAAGAUAUUUGCUUUCGCGAAAAGGGAAUUUUAUAAACCCAUUCUGUUAAUGAGCGCAUUGUUUAGCAUGGUGAGUUUUACAAUUGGGACAUUGAUGGUUGUGUAUCCCAUACCUCUUUUGAAUGUUCUGAUGAGUUCUGAUGCCAAUACCUCAGCUUGGAUGGUAGCGUUAGACGUUCAAAGUAUUAUGUCUAGCAUCGUCGCAGUUUACGCUGUUCAUAAAAUCAAAAGAAGAACUUUACUUUUUAUUACCGGGGCCUUAUGUGUCGGCACGCAAACAGCGAUCGCUGCUUACGCCUUCGCUAAAGCAAAAGACUAUCUUCCAUUCGACACUAUCUGGAUACCCGGGACUCUCGUAAGCACGCAAAUGAUAUGCUUAUAUAUAGGUGUCAUCCCACUAGGUCCCGUGAUUGCUGGCGAAGUAUUUCCGUUGCGAUUUAGAAGCUACUCUGAAAGCAUUAGCUUACUGUCGUUGUUUGUGACCGUCUUUGGCGUGCUGAAGACGUUUCCUGAUCUUUGUUCGGCCGUGGGUGUUCAUGGGACGUUAGCGUUGUACUGCAUAGUUAUUGUAGCGUGCAUGGCAGUGGUGGGGAUGCUGCUCCCCGAAACGAGUGGUCGCACACUGCAGCAGAUCGAGGAACAUUUCAGAGAGGGAGGCAGGUUGUUGCCAAACGAAGCUGACAUAAAGGAAAAUGAACCGUUAAAUCGAUCGCAAAGUCCAGUCAAACAAUCCGCCUAAGAUUCAAAAAGUCAAGAAGACUAAUAAUGCGUAAGCGUAAUAAAGUGGUAUUCAACGAAUUUACUUUCUGUACUUUUAGCUGAAUAUACGCCUAAUUAAUAUUAUUCAUGUCAUU